AUAAUUAGUUAAUGGUGUUGAAAAUGUGGCUGUUCCGAUUCCUGUUAGCUCAGCUAAUUCUGGCCUUCAUUGUCACAGCCUUGCCCGCCGAUGUCGGCCGAAGUAGCUCAACAACAACGGUGUCUCUUGUAAAAAAAUAUGGCUAUCCCAUUGAGGAACAUGAAGUACAAACGUCCGAUGGGUAUCUCCUAACCAUGCAUCGCAUACCCUACUCCAAGAACACAGGCGACACAGGUCGUCGUCCGGUUAUGUUCCUGAUGCACGGUUUGCUCUGCUCCUCAUCGGACUGGGUCUUAAGCGGUCCGUCCAAUGGUUUGGCAUUCAUCCUGUCUGAUGCUGGCUACGAUGUUUGGAUGGGCAAUGCUCGCGGCAAUACUUACUCGAGAAAACAUGCUAGCAAGUCACCUCUGCUCCAGCCUUUCUGGAACUUUGAAUGGCAUGACAUUGGUAUCUAUGAUUUGCCCGCAAUGAUGGAUUACGUCUUAUACCAUACGGGCGAGGAACAACUGCAGUAUGUCGGUCACUCUCAGGGCACAACAGCAUUCUUUGUGCUGAACUCAAUGAUUAAGAGAUUCAAGAGUCGCAUUCGAUCAGCACAUUUGUUGGCACCGGUUGCCUGGAUGGAACAUAUGGAAAGUCCGCUGGCCAAGGUUGCAGCACCUUUGCUUGGACAGCCCAAUGCCUUUGUCGAGCUAUUCGGCAGCGCCGAAUUCUUGCCCAACUCCAAGGCUAUGGAUCUAAUGGGCGCGUUGCUAUGCCACGACGAGGCAAUAUCCCAAGCGAUCUGCUCAAAUACGCUUUUCCUCCUAGGAGGAUGGAACUCGCCUUAUUUGAACGCCACAAUGAUUCCGGAAAUUAUGGCCACAACUCCAGCUGGCAGCUCAAUCAACCAAAUCUUCCAUUACCUGCAAGAAUACAAUUCGGGAUAUUUCCGUCAGUUCGAUUAUGGCUCGACCAGAAACAAAAAGGACUAUGGCAGCAAGACUCCACCUGAAUACGACGUUGAGGGCAUUGACGUCCCAACCUAUCUCUAUUACAGCGACAAUGACUAUUUCGCUAGUAUAAUAGAUGUCGAUAAACUUCGUUACACAAUGAAUCCUGAUUCCCUAAAACGCGCGUAUCGUUUGCCUGAGACGAAGUGGAAUCAUUUGGACUUUCUAUGGGGCUUGAAUGUCAAGGAAAUACUUUAUGAUACGGUUCUUGACGACAUCGUAAAUGCGUAAUUCGCAACAAUAAAGCCAAAACCUCCUA